GACAUCACGAGGCCUCUGCGGAAAAGGCGGAAGAAGAGAGAAAAACAACAGCAGCAGCAGCGGCGGCGAUAGUUACCAAGAAAAUACCCCCGAGUCGUCCAUCAGCGACUUGUUGACUUUCACCAAGUGCCGCCGGGUCGUGUCCGAGAGGAAGAACAUCCCCUGCUGUUUACAUUUAUUGACAAGAUGUCGCUGUUUGCGAAAAUGUUCGGCAGCAACAAGAGUGGGAAGGCGCCCACAGCCCAGGAGGCGAUCCACAAACUCAGGGAAACCGAGGAGAUGUUGGCCAAGAAACAGGAGUUUCUGGAGAAGAAGAUCGAACAGGAGCUGUUAACGGCGAAAAAGAACGGCACGAAAAACAAACGAGCGGCUCUGCAGGCCCUGAAGAGGAAAAAGCGUUACGAGAAGCAGCUGACUCAGAUUGACGGCACGCUGUCCACCAUCGAGUUCCAGAGGGAGGCUCUGGAGAACGCCAACACCAACACAGAAGUGCUGAAAAACAUGGGCUUCGCCGCUAAAGCAAUGAAAGCAGCACAUGAAAACAUGGACAUAGACAAAGUAGACGAUCUGAUGGCCGAUAUCACAGAACAGCAGGAACUCGCCCAAGAAAUUUCAGACGUCAUAUCCAGACCCGUAGGCUUUGGAGAAGAGUACGACGAGGAUGAUCUCAUGGCAGAGCUGGAGGAGCUGGAACAGGAAGAGUUGGACAAAAACCUUUUGGAAAUCAAGGGAACGGAAGAUGUCCCUCUGCCAAGUGUACCAUCAACAUCGCUCCCAUCAAAACCAGCCAAGAAGAAGGUGGAGGAGGACGAAGACGACAUGGCAGACCUCGAAGCCUGGGCAGCUAACUAAGCUAGCUUGCCCCUGCUAGCCAGCUGUCUUGCCCCUUCCUGUCUGUCUUUCUGCCACCAUGCUGGUUCCAGCAGGGACUCUGAUAUGGCUGCUGGCAUGCUGCUCUGUCUGAAAACCUCCACCCUUACAUCCAACCAUACGCCAAACCUCUAGUAAGCACACGUUUGCAGACUCAGAUGAUGCAAACCCAGGCUUUUCUCCUCUGCUGAACGGCGCAGAAUGAAACUUUUUGCCUCCGCUGGGCACUCUUCUUUUUACUUAAAGGCGAAGAGCGAGAAAGUUUCUCUCCAAACAGCCUGUGGUUCUCAUCUGUGUCAAAGAAAGAGAGCAAGAAUUAGCACUUAGGUGCAUACUGCCAGGAGAGGGUGUGUGGAAGGACAGGAUGGGACUUGUCUCUGGGAGAAUGUGAAGAAUCAACAGAUAUGUGCAGAAGAAAGACAACAUGACAGCCAUUUUUAUGCUUCCUGUGUUUAUAUACAUAUAUAUGUUCUUUAAAAAUGACAAAAACCUGCUAAACCUCAUAAGCAGCAAAAAAUAAAUAUAAAUAAAUAAAUGUAAGACUUACUGGAAUGUCACUGUCAAAUUACAAAACAAGGACUUGGUACUGUUGCUACUCUUUGCAUUGAUAAAAUAAUAAAAAUUAUAAUAAUAAAGAAGACUUUUUUUUAGGGAAA